UGUCACUCAACAUCUUUUUUUGUUUCUUCAAUCUCGAGUCCAGACGCCUGGCAUAAAAUUGCCUAGGUCUACGCGAGCACGAAAAAAAGUCAGUCGCUCCAACACAAUAAGAGACCUCUAUCUCAAUGGUAUCAUUCCAAUGUCACAGCUGCAGUGACGUCGUAAAAAAACCAAAACUCAACCAACACCACAGUUUCUGCCAUGCAGCUUUCGACUGUAUCGACUGCUCGACCACCUUCCACACCCCUGCUGAGUACCAGGGACACACCUCGUGCGUGACUGAAGCAGAGAAGUAUCAGAAGACUUUGUACAAGGGUCCUAGAUCUGCCGGGAGCUGGGGGGCAGCACCUCGAGAGAAUGGAUACGGUAGGUUCCAAGGCAAUGGGGGAUACCAGCCGCGACCACCAACGCGUUACCAGGCCACUGGCGCCAACGGAACUCCAUUGGGCACACCUCAGCGCAUGUCGCCUAUAACUGUAACACCACCAGAGCCUUCAGUAAUACCACCGAAGCCAAUAGAGGCUCAGCCCCAAAAAGAAUCAGCCCCAGCACCGGAAAUGACUGAGAUAAAAUCACAGAAAAAGUCAAAGUCUGAUUCAAAAGCCAAGGACACAAAGGCAUCAGAAAAUGACAUUAUUGUCGAGCCAUUAUCUGCGCCUUCAUCUCCAUCACCUCAAAAAACGGACAAGAAGAAAAAGGACAAGAAACAUAAAAAGUCCUCUGAGGACGCUGUAGAGUCUACUAUCGACGAUACCCCAGCACCGACCGAGACUCCAGGAGACAAGGAAAAGAAAUCCAAGAAAAAGGAAAAGCGGAAAGCUGUUGUCGAGGGCGAGAAUUUAGAAAGUCAGGAGACCAAGGACAAGGAAAGCGACGAGAGCCAGUCGAAAUCACAGAAGCGGAAGAGGGACGACGAACCCGUAGAUUCAGGCACAGGUAAGAAAGAUAAGAAGGAGAAAAAGAAGAGCAAGAAGGACAAAGUCGAAGAAACACCGACGAAUGACGCCUCGGAUCCAUCUCCUACGCCAGUCGAGACCGAGGGAGAGACAAAAACCAAGAAGCGGAAAAGAGACAAGUCAGAAAAGGUCCCGGAGGACGACAUGGACGUUGACGUAACACCUACAGACGUUCCGUCUGUUGCACCCGUGGAAAAGAAGAAGAAGAAAAAGAAGCACGACACGGAACCAGUUGCUGAUAUUAAGGCGUCGACAAUGGAUGUCGAUCCUCCUCCACUGACUCACGAUGAGAAAAAAGAGAAGAAGAGGGAUAAGAAGGAGAAGAAGGAGAAGGAGAGGAGCUCCAAAAAAUCCGACAAGGCUUCAGCAUGAUUAGCUGCUUUGUUGAGUAUCUACGAGAUUUGGUUUGUGUUUUGGUGAUGAGCUGCUUUUAUGCGGGGUCGAUGCUAGCCAUUAGAAGGGAUGUUGACAAUAUACCUGGCUCACGGCACACUGAAAUGCGGUUACAGUAAGGUGUCAGGAGUCAGUACCCCAGUCGCGUGCCUCGUGAUCACUGG